UCUCUCUCUCUCUCUCUCUCUCGUGCUUCGAUCUCUGUCUGCGUCGGGGCCUCUGUGCGAGCGAUGCUCGCUGCGGAAGGCUCUGCUCUUCCCGCAUGCGCUUCCCCCGUCAUGGGCUUCUCCCUGUCCCCCUCCUCACGCGACCUCCGCCGCCCUCCAGCUCCUUCUCCUCUUACUCCAUCCCGUGGGAUCCCGUCGCUUCCGCCGUCCACGAUGGCAUCCUGCGAGCUCGGUCCUUUGCCCACACGAAGCAGGCUCAUGCCCAGGCCGCCGCUUCCGGCGUCCUCCCCCGCCACCUUCCCUCCGCCGCCGCCAUCCUCCUCGCCUACGCCGACCACGGUGACCCCGCUGCCUCCCUCCGCCUCUUUGACGACAGCCCCCUCAGACUCCGCGGUGCCUUCCUCUGGAACGCCCUCGUUCGCGCCCUCUCUUCCGCUGCCGGUCUUCACUCCGCCGCUCUCUCCGCCUACAAUGGCAUGCUGCGCGCCGGCGUCAGACCCGACAAUCGCACCUUCCCCUUCGCCCUUACAGCCGCCGCCGCCGCGGCUGGUGAUGACGCCCGGAAAGGCCGAGAGAUUCAUGGAUCGGUGAUCAAGGUUGGAUUUUUUUAUGACGUCUUCGUGGGGAACACACUCUUGGCCUUCUAUGGCAUCUUAGGUGAUUUGCUGGCCGCUAAACAGGUGUUUGGCGAAAUGCUGCAUAGAGACGUUGUUUCAUGGAACUCACUCAUUUCAAUGUUUUCAUCGAAUGGUUUAUACUCGGAUGCAGUAAGCUUGCUGCUGGAGUUAAAGAGGAGCGACCUUUCAGUGAAUUCUGUGAGUCUGAUCAGUGCUCUCCCUGCAUGUGCUGCACUGCAAGAUGAGGAUUGUGGAAAGGGAAUUCAUGGUCUUGCGAUAAAGGCUGGUCUGGAUUUGGUAGUCACAGUCGGUAAUGCAUUCAUUGAUAUGUAUGGGAAGUGUGGGGACUCAGAUGCCUCGAUGCGAGCUUUUCAGAGCAUGCAGGAAAAGAAUGAUGUUUCUUGGAACUCUGUUAUUGGCAGCCUUGUUCAUGCUGGUCUCUAUGAGGAUGCUUUGGAGAAAUUUAAAGAAAUGCUAGCAAUUAAGGUGAAGCCAAACUCAAUCACCAUAUCAAGUCUUUUACCAGCAUUGGUUGAGUUGGGCUGUUUUGAUUUGGGGAAAGAGAUUCAUGGGUAUAUUAUAAGAAACUACAUGUAUUCUGAUGUCUUUGUUGCUAAUUCUCUAGUGGACAUGUACGCAAAGUCUGGAUGUUGGAAUAAGGGGUCAGAUAUUUUCUAUAGAAUGGAUAAUUGGAAUGUGGUUUCUUGGAAUGCAAUGAUUGCAAAUUUUGCGCAGAAUGGAGCUGAGUUGGAAGCCAUAGGGCUUGUUAAGGAGAUGCAGGAUUGUGGGGAAUUCCCCAAUUCGGUUACAUACACAAAUGUUCUUCCAGCAUGUGCUAGAAUUGCUUCACUGGUGAAGGGUAAGGAAAUUCAUGCGAGGUCAAUCCGUGUGUGUUCUAAUUGUGACUUAUUUGUUUCAAAUGCUUUGAUUGAUAUGUAUGUGAAAUGUGGAAGGUUUGAUCUUGCUCAAAAUGUUUUUAAUGUAUCACAGAGAGAUCAAGUGUCUUACAAUACCUUAAUAGUAGGGUACUCUGAGAGUCCAUUGUGUUCAGAAGCUUUGGAUUUGUUCCUGGACAUGCGAUCUGUAGGAAUUGAGUACGAUGUUGUUUCCAUUGUGGGUGCCUUAUCUGCAUGCGGUAAUCUAUCUGCACUCAAGCAAGGAAAGGAGAUACACUGCUUGUCCAUGAGAAAAUUGUUCGACACCCAUCUCUUUGUGGCAAACUCAUUAAUAGACUUGUACACUAAAUGCGGAAGGAUUGCUCUUGGUAAGAAGAUCUUUGAUAGAAUAUCAAACAAGGAUGUGGCCUCAUGGAAUGCUAUGAUCUUAGGGUAUGGAAUGCAAGGAGAACUGGAAGCUGCAAUUAAUUUGUUUGAUUUGAUGAAAGAUGAAGGUUUGGAAUAUGACCAUGUUUCUUACAUUGCAGUCUUAUCAGCGUGUAGCCAUGCUGGGCUUGUUGAGAGAGGAAAGAGAUAUUUCAACCAAAUGCUAGCUCAAAACAUUAGGCCAACACAGAUGCACUAUGCUUGCAUGGUCGAUCUUCUAGGGAGAGCUGGACUGAUGACAGAAGCUGCAGAUUUAGUAAGAAGCAUGCCCUUUGAAGCAGAUUCCAAUGUUUGGGGUGCAUUGCUUGGCGCAUGUCGCAUCCAUGGAAAUAUUGAGUUAGCUCAGUUGGCAGCAGAACAUUUGUUUAAGUUAAAGCCAGGGCACUGUGGAUACUAUAUUUUGCUUUCCAAUAUGUAUGCUGAGGCGGGGAGAUGGAAUGAAGCAGAUCAGGUCAGAGCACUGAUGAAAUCUAGGAAGGUGAAGAAGAAUCCAGGGUGCAGCUGGGUACAGAUUGGUAAUAAGCUACAUGCCUUUUUAGUGGGAGAAGGAUCACAGGGUUCUGAGUUAGACCUAUGUUAUAAUGAACUGGUUGAAAGUGAGAGGAUGAGUUCAGCAUAUCUUUAGUGGCCUCAGACUUAUAACUUAGGGCCUCAGGAACUGUAGAGUCGGACUUCAAAUUUGAUGCAGCUUCCAGAUCAAAGAGAAAGUGAUGAUCCACACGUCAUGUUGAACCUUUGUCAGGAAAAUCAUAUUUAACAGUUCAGGAAGUACUGCAUAAUCACAAUUAGAGAACCUGUACGUUCUACAAUCAUCACUGUGAGUUGAUAACUUGCUAUACUUUUUUUUGAAUGAUUAGAGAGGAGUUAAACCUCCUUGUGGUCUUGUGUUAUUUUAGUCCUGCCUUGGAUUUAUGUACUUGCUAACUUCGACCUUUUUAUUACUGUUGUUAUUCCUAUGUAGAUAGUUUUUAACACAAAUUGGAAAGAAUAUAGUAAAUGCAAAAUUCUCAAAGCCCUUUUCUCCUUUAGAUGCAGCUCUAUGGUAGAACCCAGUCUGGACUGCAAAAUUUUGAAGAACAUAUCUAGUGGAAAAUCAAUAAGGUUUUGCUCAGGUUUUUGUCAGUUCCAGGUCCAGUUAGAAAACUUACAAUGUAUAGGAUGUCAUAAUUCUGGAUUAGCUUGUAGAAGUCUAAUUAAUGAACUUUAACAAUAAUCCAAGUACAUUUGUGUUGAAUGGUUUUGUGGAAAAUAUCCAACCCUUUUUAUCCUUAAUGUGCUACAAAAGAAGACAACUUCUAUUGUUACAUCCGGUAAUUUUUUGUGCACAAUGAAGUAUCCCCUUUCCCCAGCACUAAAUAAAGCUUAGUGUAUUGGGUGAGUGCAUUUCCCCAUUCAGGUCGUUCUAUAUAUUUAUACACUCCUUUCUUGAAGGAUGUGCCAUCAACAGAAUAUUUUCAAGUAUAUCUAUAUCUUAAUUAAAGGGUGUAACUCCAGGCAUGCAUGUAGUCUAGUAUCACUGAGCAUGACCUGAAAUUGAUCAAACAAGAUCGUCAUGGAAUCAUCAUGGAUGCAGUCAUUGUUGUCUGACCUAGGCUACGCUAUAUGUAAUUUUGCGAAAUUUCUGGCUAAAGCUAGAGAAUGCAUCUUUCAAAUGUUAAGUGAAGUGAGUACUGGUCUAGCUGCUUUACAGAUCAAGUUGGUAAUCCAAAAUAUCUUGAUAUAUCUGGCUGAGAAUGAGAUUACAUAUUGUUGACCAUAGUUCACAUUCGACCAGGAGGACAUUUUAAAGGAAAUGCUCCUGCAUUAAACAUGAAAGUUUAAUAGGUGCAAGUACUUUUGUACGUAAGACUAAAAAGAACACAAAGUCAAGUGCUCAAAUUUUGGGCUUUAUUUUUGUGGCAAACAACAGAAACACAUAUUUAACAUCAACUCAAAUACAUCCCUAACCUUUCAAGUUCCCUUCAAAUUGAAGAUAAUGCCAUCACUCAAUCUCAAAAGACCAAUGCUUUCUGAAUGGUUCAUAGUGCAGGUAAUUUCACAUCAAUGUCGUAUUCAUUAAAUCUCCAAAAGCUCACAUCAUAUUUGUCCUCUAAAGCUUUCAUGGCACGAUACAAAAAGUUGUUCUGUUCCAUCGAUGGGGAAUUGCUUCCUAUGGACUUAUCCUCUGCAGCCACGUUAUGAAUAUAAGCAUUCCAUGUUUUCGAAGAAGAUGGAGAAUUCUUCACAAAAAACAGCUCCACAACUUUUGCAGUGGCAAAGUCACAGGAAGGAUCUGGCAACUCAGGAUAUGCUUUCCUCUCCAGGUCAGUUAAGAAGUCCAGAUUGAUACCGAGGAGAAUGAAAGCUCGGAAAACCAACUUCUUAUUGAUUUCAGAUCAAGUUUCUAGCAGUCCUCUUGUUGCAUGGUACAAGCGUAACGGAACUAAGAGUAGGGUAUAUCUGAUUUCAUCAAUUCUUUUUGGAAACACUUUUGCCAAACAGAAAUACUACCAUUCUAAGUCUCUUAAUGGUGGCAGCUCCCAGAGUUUGAAACCAGGAGAUUCUUGGACAAGACCGGAUUGAGGAUCAACAAUCUUCCCAUAAUUUACCCCUACAUCCCUGUGAUUGAUGCUGGAGGACCUUUUCUUGCUUAUAGUUUGUGUAAACAUAAUAGUACCCUUGGGGAUAAUUUUAUUUGAUGAGCCAGAGUCCAAAUUCUCUUUUACUUUCUGUAUCAUCCUCUUGUGACCUAUAAAUAUUGUACCAAAAAAGGAGUCAAGGUUCUUGCAAUACUCAUCAUGCAAAAACGUCAAAUAAUAGGAUGGAAUCAGAAUGCUGAGUUUUUUUA